GAACCUCGACUCACUUAUACUGCUGCCUUAGAGACCGCCGUAUCAACCUAUCAACGUGAACAUCUCAGCUCCUCUAUCUCAGAUUCUUCUAAUAAGCUCGCCCAAUCUGCAAUUGGUCGCUGUUUAACAGCUGUUUACACUGGAUCUCCUACUAUCUCGGUUCAAGUAGCCCCGUUACCCCCCUCACUAUCUUAUAGCCCAGCUGCCCACGCUAACUUACAUCUCACUUCGACCCCAUUGUCUCCCUCUUUAUUUUCAUCAAGAACCAGCAAUAUUGAGGCAUCAGUGUGCCAUCGAGCUAAAGAUCAACAGCAAGUGUGUCAAUUUACUCAGAACAUAAGGGCUCAGAAUUUUGGUCAGCUGCUCUCUGACCUAUCCACUCGACUCAAUCAGGUGAAAUCGAGUGUUCAUGAGGUGCUUAAAGAAACAGAAGCAGUAAAAGCCAGUCUUUUUGAUAGUUAG